AUGAAAAUCGACACGGUACGAGACGCAUUCAUAAGUGAUUACGAAGUUUUGCAGUUUUUGGCGCAGUUAGAACGCAGACACGACUGGAGUUCUAACAGCGAUGAUGUGGACAUGACCGACAAAAAACGUAAGCGUAGACCGUAUAACCAUCCAGAAUUACAAGCGAUCACGAGAGACACAAUCCGAUAUCUUUCGGAGGCAAAAGGGACUGGUGAUGGCGAUGGUACGGAAGAAGAAGGUGCGAAAAAGGAAGCCAAGUCCCCUCUAACGAGACUCAACGAUACAAAGUUUUCCGCGCUAAUGGGCGUGCUAAAUGAAUUCUCGCUGUUCAAAGCCGAGAAGUUGCAGAUCGUGAACCAGAUGCCGUUGAAUCUGGUGCAUUUGUACUCGAUAGUGGAAGAAUGCGAUUCGCGAUUCACCCCGGAAGAAACUGAAAGAAUUAUAGGUGCGAUCCAGGAGUGCUGCUGA